UCCGAAGCUAUGAACCACUAUUCCAAUUUCACACUUAUUGAAGAAUUCUACCUUCUUGGAUUUCCAGGACUCACUCCAGCAUAUUAUGCAACAGUGGGAACCUUUCUUCUCUUAAUUUAUCUCGUGCUUGCAGGGGGAAAUAUUUUAAGUGUGGUCUUUGUUUGUUAUGAAAAGAACCUCAGAAAACCUACCUACCUUAUAUUCUGUAAUCUUGCAAUAGUGGAAUUUGGUUUUGGAACCAUCACAAUGCCUAAAAUGAUUGCAAAGUACCUGUUUAAUGAUGAAACUGUAACCUAUCUGGGAUGCUUUGUUCAGAUGUUUUUUAUCCAUUAUUUUGGGGCUGUCACUUCUUUCAUUUUGCUUUUAAUGUCCUUUGAUCAGUUUAUUGCCAUAUGUAACCCUCUUAGAUACCGUGCUCUUGUUACAAAUCAUUCUAUGGCAAUUGCAUGUGGUAUAUUUUGGGUGAUUCCAGUCUCAUGGCUGAUACUGAUAAUUCACCAGACUAUAGACAUGCCUUUCUGCGACUCUAACAUCAUAACCCACCUCUUUUGUGACCAAAAUUCUAUAAGUAUAUUGGCCUGUGGUGAUUUAAGGAAACUGAGAUUGUUGUUCCUUAUUAUGACGAUGAUUGUGAUGUUGGGGCCCUUUGUUUUCAUCAUAUUUUCUUACCUAGUGAUCAUUGUAACUGUCUUAAAAAUACCAAAUGUCCAAGCAAAGUACAAAUUAUUCUCUACAUGUAGCCCUCAGCUUCUUAUAAUAUCUCUUUACUAUUUGCCUCGAUGUGCUGUCUAUAUUACAGACAUAAAGGUUCAAAUGUCUAUUAAUAAUCGUGUUAUACUUGUCAUGUGGUAUAGUCUACUUCCCCCUCUUAUUAACCCAUUUAUAUUCUUCUUUCGAACUAAGGAAAUCAAACAAACUAUCAUCAUGAAACUGAGAAAAAGAAAAAUAAGUAAUCAACUGAAUAUUCCUUCAGACUGA